GGGAACUUUUCUGGGAAGGUGACGUUGCUAUCCAGCCUAGCACUGCCUACCUCUACCAGACCCAAAUCCUCCCCGGUACAGCCCCUUCCAAGAAAGAGUUCACAAGCUCCAGGAGUUCUGAAUCGGGUGUAACACUUAAUUCCCAUCGCUUAUUGUUUGGAAUAUUGCGAGGAGUGCCUGCACCAAGCGCUGCCUGGUGAAUUAAACCCUUCUGUAGCUUCCUGGCUGGCCUCCGCAGCAGGAGACCAUGUGAGCAGAACGAGCACUGAGCUGAGGCCGCUCCAUUGUUUGGCUUUUUCCUGCCUUUUUCUGCAGCUUGACUUGUGGCUUCCUGCUCUCAGUGGCACUGUUUUCUGCCCACUCCCAUGUGAGCCCCGCAUUUUCCAUUGCGAUAAAUCACAUCGCUCAGCCCCCUGCUCACCUCUUCCCUGUUCGCUGGGUGUGCGCACGGUGCAUGCUUGCUAUAAUCGUCAGACUGGCAGUAUCGGCCGGUCUCCAGUUCUUCUGCCACCUGUCAGCCGUGUUCUAUGGACGGAUGGUCAAAGCCAAUGAUCCAGAGGACAGAAGACAUUCCUUGACCAUCCAAGGACUGCAUCCCAGCCAUCCUUUCCUCCUCCACAUUCACCAAGGUGCAAGGAUGUCUUCUUUCUGGUUGACUGCGGACUGGAACAAAUAUGAUGAUCGGUUGAUGAAAGCGGCUGAAAGGGGCGAUGUGGAGAAGCUGUCUUCUGUCCUUGCUAAAAAGGGAGUGAACCCCACCAAACUCGAUGUGGAAGGGAGAUCCGUAUUCCAUGUUAUAGCCUCUAAAGGGAAUCUUGAUUGUCUGAAUGUCAUUCUUAUUCAUGGUGUUGACAUUGUGGCGACUGAUGUGGCAGGAAGGAAUGCUCUACACCUAGCUGCAAAAUAUGGGCAUGCACUUUGUCUGCAAAAACUCCUGCAGUACAACUGCCCGACAGAAAAUGUGGAUUUGCAGGGCCGAACUGCUCUUCACGAUGCAGCGAUGUCAGAUUGCUCAUCGAGCAUACAGCUGCUGUGUGACCACGGAGCCUCGGUGAACGCCAAAGACACAGAUGGAAGGACACCGCUGGUGCUGGCCACCCAGAUGUGCCAUCCGCUCAUUUGCCAGCUCCUGCUGGACAGAGGCGCUGACGUCAACGCCCGAGACAAACAGAACCGAACUGCUCUGAUGCUAGGCUGCGAAUAUGGCUGCAAGGAUGCCGUGGAAGUUUUGCUCAGGAAUGGCGCAGAUGUCACUCUGGUGGAUGGCCUCGGCCACGACUGUUCCUACUAUGCACGGAUCGGUGACAAUGUUGGAAUCCUGGCUCUAGUCAAGGCGGCUCUCGAGGAAUCCAACAAAGCAAGUUACGAAGUCAUGAAGAAAGGGCAGCCUGCACAGAAGGUGCUGCCAAAAUGGAGCCAGCCAAGUGUCUCGGAGGAAGCAAGCUUUAAGCCGUAUCAGAAGGAGCACCGGAACGUACAGGAAUUGGAAAGAGCGAAUGAAGACUUAAAAGGCAGAUUGAGGGAGAUUCAGCAGGAGCACCGAAUCCUACUGGAUCGCAUCAAUGGACUGCAGCUACAGCUGAAUGAGGAGCAAAUGGUUGCUGAUGAUCUCGAAAGUGAGAAGGAUGAGCUCAGGCGGCUUCUGGCAGCAAAGGAGAAGCAGCAGGAGGAAAGCGGGCGACUGCUGGAAGCCCUGAAGCUGAAGCUGAGAUUCUACGAGGGUGACCACGGUGAAUCUGGAAGCGGUUUUGGUAAUAGGAAGGAAGCAGCGCUGCUCAAGUCGGACUCCGCAUACCCCGCCGGACCGCAGCACGCCCCUGCCUCCGCGCCUGCCGGCUCACAGAGCCGGUCCAUGGUGCGGCCCCUGGAGCUCCUGAGCCAGUCCUCCGCCUCCGAGACGGAGGCCCUGAAGCGAGAGCUCAGCAGCAUGAGGAGCUGCUACGAGGCAGCAAGAGCGGACGUGGGCAAGCUGCAGCUGGAGCUGGCCCACAAAGCGGCGGAGUGCAAAGCGCUGGCGUCCGAGUGCGAGAGAACCAAGCUGGAGUCGGACCGACAGAUAAAGCAGCUGGAGGACGCCUUAAAAGAUGUGCAGAAGAGAAUGUUUGACUCGGAAGGGAAAGUGAAGCAGAUGCAGGCCCAUUUCCUCGCCUUGAAGGAUCACCUGACCAGUGAAGCCGUGGCGGGGAACAGCAAGAUGGCGGAGGAGCUGAGGGACGUGAAGGCCAAGUACGAGGGCGCCUCCGCCGAAGUGGGCAAGCUGCGGAACCAGCUGAAGCAGAACGAGCUGUUGGUGGAAGAGUUCAGGAGAGAUGAGGCCAGGCUGGUGGAAGAGAACAAGAAGGUGCAGAAGGAGCUCGGCAUGUUGAGGACGGAGCACGAAAACAGCGAGAGGAGGGUCUCUGAAUCGGAAAGCCAGCUGAAGGAAACUGCCGCGAGGCUCACGGACAAGUUUGAGAAGAUGAAGAGCUCGCUGUCCGUUGAAAUUGAUGAAAAGAGCUGGAAGUUGGCCGAAAUGGAGAAGGAGCGGGAGAAGCUGAGCACGGAAGUGCAGGCGCUGAGAACAGAACUGGAGAGUCAGAAAGCUCAGUUUGCCCAGUACGUUCGGCCAGAGGAGUUCAGGCAUGUGAAGAGUCGGUAUGAGCAAAGAGCCAAAGAACUUGAGCGAGCCCACGCGGAGCUGAAGCAUAAAAACCAGGCCUUGCAGAAGGAGGUGGAGAGGGCCAACGCCAGCAGCAGCCUGCUGAAGCAGCAGGUGGGCACGCUCCGGAGCGAGAUGAGGACGCAGUACGUGCCCUUGAAAGUCAGUGAGGAGAUGAAGAAGGCGAGCGAUGCCGCAGCCGGGGAGCUGAACAGACAGCUCGCGGAGGUUACAGAGAAGUAUCACAGGAGCAAGGCAGAAUCGGAGAAGUUGCUGGCCGAAAAGGCCUGCUUAAGGGAGACAGUUGGUCGGCUUCAAACAGCCCACAUCCCCCUGGAAACACACGAGAAGGAAAACGAAGCCUUAAAAGCCACUGUGUCAGACCUGAAGAGGCAGCUGGCCGAGCUUGGCCAGAAACAUAAAGGGGAGCAAGCCAAAGCAUUUGAACUGGCAUCCAAAAAUGAAACUCUUCAAAAUGUCAUGAAAGAGCGGUAUGUUCCAGUCGAAGCUCACAAGGAAACCCAGGCUGCCUUGAACAGCUUGCUGGAAAAAGCGGGCCAGGAGCUGACAGAUCUGAAGGGGGAAAUGGUCGUGGUCAAACAGGAGCUUGCUGGAGUAAAUGAAGAGAACGGGGCACUAAAAAUGGAGCUGGGAGCCCUUCGGAGCCAGAUCGAAUCUGAAUAUCUGAGCAGACAGAAGCACAACGAGGUGGUCGCCGUUCUGAACAAGACCAUUCAGGAACUCCGGGAAAGCAGUUCCGCAAUGCAGGCAAAAUAUAAGGAGAAGCAAGACGAGGUUGCCCAGCUGCAUGCCGAGGUGGGAGCCCAGAAGCAGGAGCUGGACACGAUCCAGGAGUGCAUCAGGUCCAAAUACGCCCCUCUCAUCAACCUUGAGGAGAAGGAGCGUCAUUUCGAGACCACCGUGAAGGAGCUGAAAAGCCAGCUGCUGCAGAAGGAGCAGCAGCACCGAGAAAAGGAGGAGGAGCUCAAGGCGCGGAGUCAGGACAACGAGAAGCUGCGGGCCGAGGUCCUGGCGCUCCAGACGGACCUGCAGCAGAAUUACGUCCCGGCUAAGGCGGCCCGGGAGGCGGAGAGGGUGCUGGAGGGCCGGCUGGAGGGCCUGAGCAGGCAGCUGAGGGAGCUGCAGCACAGCUGUGCGGAGGCGGAGCAGGAGAAGGGGCACCUGCAGGAGGAGUGUGCCCGGCUGCGCGCGGAGGCGCUGGAGGCCCAGGGGUGCCUGCAGGGCCGGUCCCUCCCGGUGGAGCAGGCGGAAGGCCUGGAGCAGCGGCUGGAAGGCACCAUUGAGGGGCUGCGGGGAGAGCUGGGCCGCGAGACGGCGCGCUGCGAGCAGGAGCGCCGGAACGCGCAGGCGCUGCGGCAGGAGCUGGAGCAGCUCAGGGCCGCCUCCGUGCCUCUGGCAGAGCACGAGCGGGUGAGAGGGGCUCUGGAGAGGGAAGUGUCUGCCGCGAGAUCCACCCUGAGAGAGGAGGAGGCGGAAGGCCGAGUGAGGCGCGAGGAGAUCUCCCGGCUGCAGUCCGAGCUCCAGAGCGCCAAGCGAGCGUUGAAGGAGCUGGAGGCCAGGGAAGUGGUGGAGCUGUCGGAGCACAAGGCGGUGACGUGCCGGCUGGAGGGCCAGGUGCUGAGCAUGGCGGAGAAGUUGGCCAAGCUGGGCAAGGAGCUGGAGGGGAUGCAGGAAGAGGCUCGGCAGGGAAAGGCAGAGGAGCUUCCUGUGAAAGAUGAGAAGGAGCUGCUGCAGCCCAGGAGCGUGAGUAUCGAGCAGGAAAUCAAGGACCAGAAGGAGCGAUGCGACAAGUCCCUGAGCACCAUCGUGGAGCUGCAGAAGAGAAUGCAGGAGUCUGCGAAGCAGGUGGAGGCGAAGGAUAACAAGAUCACGGAGCUGCUGAACGACGUGGAGCGGCUGAAACAGGCCCUGCACGGUCUCUCCCAGCUGACGUACAACGGCAGCCUCCCUGCCGCCAAGAGGCAGGCCUCGCAGGUCGAGACGCUCCAGACCCAGGUGAAGGCCCUGCAGCAGCAGCUGGCUGAUGCUGAGAGGCAGCACCAGGAGGUCAUCUCCACAUAUCGGACGCACCUUCUUAGUGCUGUUCAGGGCCACAUGGACGAAGACGUUCAGGCUGCCUUGCUGCAGAUCAUCCGCAUGCGCCAGGGGCUGGUCUGCUAGCCCUGUCCUCCGAGGCUGCUGUGGCACAUCCGCACGUCCCGGUGUCGCGGAGGGUUUUGGUCCUGUGGUUGCAGACACAGAAGCGCCCACCCUUCCCGCCUCCAUCCAGAACGCGGAAAGGCCUGGUUU